GCUUUUUUGAUAUUUUGACACCACGAUUGAAGAGUCGAUUCUGAUGCUUUGUCUUGGCCUUGAGAAGUGUUAGUUGGGUCUUGAGUUUGGCGGACUGCUCGAGUUGAGUAGCUUGGCAAGAAAGAAUCAUGUCGCUACGAGUCUUGGUUGGAUGCAAGCGGGUGAUUGACUAUGCUGUGAAAGUCCGAGUCAAGCCCGACAGCUCUGGAGUUGUCACGCAAGGAGUCAAGCACAGCAUGAAUCCAUUCGAUGAGAUUGCUGUAGAGCAGGCUCUGCAGUUGAAAGAACAGAAGCUGGCUUCGGAGGUUGUCGCCUUCAGCUGUGGUCCGGCACAGUGCGUGGAGACUCUGAGAACUGCCCUAGCCAUGGGUGCAGACAGAGCCAUUCACGUAAACGUUGAGGGCGCUGAAUAUGAGAAUAUGCAGCCUCUGGCAGUGGCUAAGAUCAUGAAGAAGCUGGUCGAAAAAGAGGAGGCGAACCUAGUUAUUGUAGGGAAGCAGGCAAUUGACGAUGACUGCAAUCAGACUGGUCAGAUGCUAGCAGGCCUACUGGGAUGGUCACAAGGAACGUUUGCAUCUAAGAUUGAUGUUGAUGGUGAGCAGCUGAAUGUUGUCCGAGAAGUCGAUGGUGGACUGGAGACCGUUCAGGUACGCUUGCCGUCAGUUGUCUCUGCUGACUUGCGCCUUAACACUCCCCGCUAUGCCACGUUACCCAAUAUUAUGAAAGCUAAGAAGAAGCCCCUGGACAAGAUGUCUGCUGGUGAUCUGGGUGUUGAUGUAGCAUCAAAAGUCAGCACAGUUCGCGUCAGUGAACCGCCUGUGCGCCAGGCUGGUAGCAAAGUCGAGAGUGUGCCAGACCUUAUUCAGAAGUUGAAAGAGAAGGGUGCUCUAUGAGCUGCUCUGCACAUGGGAGCUCCGGACUGAUGCUAUUUUCUUUUUAUAAAUUUCUGCUGGAACCUUUGGGAGCAAGUUGUAUGAUGUCGGAAAACUAAUGAAACCCAGUUGUGAAUAGUGUGGAUCACUGUGACCAUUACAUGUAGUGCUGAAGCGAUUACGAUUUAUUGUUAGUGGCUUAGCUGUUACCGUAAUGAUCAGCUUAUCGGCUAACCAUAUCUCACAGGUGAUCUGCACUUUCCAUUUAGUUGUGAGUAGCAACGUUUGCGAGAGUACUCAUCUUGCCUUUGUUCAAGAUAUGCCCAGGCACCAUACCUGGGAUGUUGAGACAAUACAAUCAGUCAUUUAAGGUUCGGCAACAUGGAAACCAUGUAAAACUAAAGACACUGCUUCGAA